AUGGACAACGACCUGGAAAGUCAUCAUGAAUUUGAUCCAGAGACUGAGCCAUUUCAACCUCACCCAUCUUACGAUGACGAAGAGUUGCACGAUGGAUUGCGGAUACCUGGUGAAUUUUGGAACGAGCUAUUUGGCUAUCAAAAGACAUGUGUAAAAUGGCUGUGGGAGUUGCAUUGCCAAAGGGUCGGCGGUAUUAUCGGCGAUGAAAUGGGUCUCGGCAAAACCGUCCAAAUUAUCGCCUUUCUUUCUGGUUUAUAUUACUCUAAAAUUCUCGGUCCCGGUAAAGCAUCAAUUAUCGUAUGUCCUGCAACUGUAAUGCACCAAUGGGUGGAAGAGUUCCACAGAUGGUGGCCACCAAUCCGAGUUGCAGUACUACAUUCAAGUGGUAGUGGUGUGCGUACGGAUGUUAAUGGAACUGCUAAUAGUUCCGAGCCAGCAACAGUGGAUAUUGAUUCAUCCGACGGGGAAUACGAGCCGGAUAGACGAGGGAACCAGGCAAAGCGAAAGAAAAAGAGUAAACGCUCUAGAGUCAGUAUAUUUACGACGAAGGCUGGAAAAAACGCAUCCGCUCUGGUAGAACGAUACAUCAAAUUGGGAGGAGUCAUAGUGACAACUUAUAGUGGUGUACAGGCAUAUCGUGAAAUAUUGCUCAAGCACAAGUGGGGAUAUGUUGUUCUGGAUGAAGGUCACAAAAUCCGGAAUCCUGAUUCUGAAACGACUUUGGCUUGUAAACGAUUCAAGACACCGCAUAGAAUUAUACUGUCAGGUACCCCUAUUCAAAACAAUCUCAAGGAACUCUGGUCACUGUUUGACUUUAUCUUUCCAGGAAGGCUAGGUACUCUGCCUGUAUUUCAGACGCAAUUUUCUGUACCUAUCAAUAUUGGUGGCUAUGCCAACGCUUCGAACGUUCAAGUCCAGACAGCCUAUAAAUGUGCUUGUGUAUUAAGGGACUUGAUUAAUCCCUACCUAUUACGCCGAAUGAAAGUGGAUGUGGCUGCCGAUUUGCCACGAAAGAGCGAGCAGGUCUUGUUCUGUAAACUUACACCAACUCAACGUGAAUCGUAUCUUCAUUUUAUUCAAUCCAAAGAUAUGGACGCCAUUCUCGAACGACGACGGCAGGUCUUAUUCGGUAUAGACAUUGUGCGCAAAAUAUGUAACCACCCGGAUAUUCUUAAUAUAAGCCAAUCAUUAUCAGACCCCACCUAUGGCGACCCUGAAAAAAGCGGCAAGAUGGUUGUCGUACGGGCUUUGUUGAACUUGUGGAAAACUCAAAAGCAUCGAGUACUACUAUUCAGCCAAACACGACAGAUGCUGGAUAUUUUAGAAAUCAUGGUACGGGAUCUUGGUUACGAAUAUCGUCGUAUGGAUGGCACGACACCUGUUCACCAUCGUAUGAGUCUUGUGAACGAGUUCAACACCGACGAAAAGGUUUACGUUUUCCUCUUGACGACCAAAGUGGGCGGUUUAGGUUUGAAUCUGACGGGUGCCGAUCGUGUAAUUUUGUUUGAUCCUGAUUGGAACCCAUCAACCGACAUGCAAGCACGUGAACGUGCAUGGAGAUUGGGUCAAACCAAAGACGUGACUAUAUAUCGACUCAUGACCAGUGGCACCAUUGAGGAAAAGAUAUACCAUCGACAGAUUUACAAGCAAUUCUUAACAAACAAAAUCUUGAAAGAUCCAAAGCAAAAACGGUUUUUUGAUGCUAGCAACCUUAGAUCGUUAUUUACUCUCGGUGCGGAUGACAGCCAAGGAACAGAAACCGGACAACUGUUUAAAGGCACAGAAAUUCAAUACGGUGAUACCCAACCUGGCAGCAGAAGGAAGAAGAAGAAGAGAGCAAAUAAGAUCGACGCGAUUGAUGAGCUUGAUGAUAACAAUACCAAUAACGAUAAUAACCAGUUGAUAAGUUUGAACGGCGUUGCGGGUUUGGAAGACUUCAAUGAGAAUGACAGCAACAACGACAAAUCCAAUGCACCUCUAAGCAACACUCAGGAAGGGAACUCUGAGGAUGGAGUGUUGAAGAGCUUGUUUGAAAUGACAGGCAUUCAAAGUGCACUACAGCAUGAUCGUAUUAUGGAAUCAGGAGCACAAGAUCGAGUAUUGGUUGAACGCGAAGCAUCGUUGGUAGCACAAAAUGCAGCAGCAGCACUGAAAGAAUCACGACGUCAACGACGAGCAAUGGGUGUCAAUACCCCUACUUGGACUGGCCGCUCGGGCACUGCAGGAGCCCCGCGACUACCUGGCGACCAAGGAACAUCAACACCUCCACCUCGAUUCGGACAGAAAGUACUUCCACGAUUCGGAACAAGUUCUGGCAACAACCCUAUGCGAGAGACACGAUCCGCUUCGCCACAAUUCGGAUCUGGUACUGUAUCUGGAUUCAAAGCAGGCUUUGGUGCAGGACCACCAGCCAUGGCGUCAAGCACUCUACUGGCUCAAAUGCGCGAAAGAAAAGCGUUGGAAGAAGGAAAUCAAAAGCGACGAUGAUGAUAAUAAUGGUUUGAAUAGAUGAUACAAAAUGGAGACAAAACAGAAAAAGAAAACGAACAAAUAAAGUCAUUUCGGGCAUUUUUUUUGAUUGCGGGGAUGAGGGAGAUAAAAGAAAGAGUAGAGUAUAUAUAGUAUGUACAUAAAACGACAAAUCUAGGCAACCUAUAGCGUAGGAAGGUUCAAAGAGAUCAAUAGUCUUCGUCAUCCUCAUCGUCUUCAUCAAAA